AAUGAGCAACAAUAAAAUUGGCAAUACUUUGGAGAAUUCGAAAGAGAAUACAACGACGGCCGAAAUUAAGGAAGAAAAAAAGAUUACGGAAAAGUCAGAGAUGCAGCAAAAUGAUUCGGAUGACAGCGAUGAAUUUUCUGAUGUUGUUGUGAUUGAGUCCCCAAGUUUUGUCGAAAAAUCCAACAAAAUUAAGCAUCAACAACAACAGCAAGCAGCCAAAAGGCAAGCUGAGCAACCAACAACUGGUAAAGAGGAAAUAACAAAAGAAGAGGAAGAGAAGAGUUCUUCGAACAAUUCGAGUCCACAAACUGAGCGGCAUAAACUUGAACAACAAAAUUUAACAAAAACUUCAACAGCUUCUACAAACACAGCCCCAAUGGAUCCACCUCCACAAUAUACGCAAAAACAAGCUUCGUGGUUCUCAUCGAGUACAUCUCCAGCUCCUGGAGGUUUUGCUUUAUUUUUUGGAGGCGCAGGAGUACAACAACAAGGAGAUCAACAGCAACAACCUCCAACAUGUUCUGCUUCGGCGUUACGCCUUCUUGGCGAACUUCGAGCGCGUCUUCAGCCUUGGAGCGAUUUCUUCCGUCCUUCCAAAUUCGGAUUCCCACCAGGACUCGUCUCCAUCGGUCCGAGAGUUAAGCAUAAUUUGGAACAUUUUCUAAGCAAUUAUUUGUGCUUGUUUGUUGCUCUACUAAUUUAUUGUAUUUUGACAUCUUUAUUAAUGCUUUUGACAUUAGUGGCAUUGGCUGGGCUUUGCUACACAAUUUAUCAACGAACACAGAAAGGACCAAUAUUUUUUGGAAGUUAUGAGGUCCCACCAAGCCUUUUGUACACCUUUGCUUUGAUGGUUUGUAUUCCACUCUUUUACCUUGCAAAUGCUGGCUCUGUAAUGUAUUGGGUAAUUGGAACUGGAUUAUUUUUAAUGCUUGCACAUGCAAUAUUUUAUGCAUCUGAAGAGAUUCCUGGACAAGAAUUUGAAGUAGUUACUGUUGUGACUGCUUAA